UGCUUAUUAAAACACCAAAACACAAGAUUCAGGGCAAAAAAUUAUGCAGAAGAAAUUGUUGUUGUCGAUGGUGGUGGUGAUGGUCAUAUUGCCAUCUUCGACCGUUGCAGCAAGUUCAAAUAUUUCUUUAGAAAACUGCCCGCAAACAUGUGGAAACGUUCACGUCCCUUUCCCUUUUGGAUUUGGCCGUCCUGAAUGCGCCAAAAACUCAUCCUUCCUGCUUGAAUGCAACCAGAGCAGUAGCCUCUUUAGAGGUGAGUUGAUUGAUAAGUCAAGGCAGUUUAUCAGCCUCAACGGAUGGCCGCUCAUCAUAUCCCCCACCGGCAACAGGUUUAUUGGCUUUGGCUGCAACACGCUGGCCAGGAUGUACGACAGAGAAGGAAUUCUUGAAAGUGCGUGUGUCUCCAUGUGCAAUAACCUUUCCGACAUCAGGAACGACGGUUCUUGCUCCAGUUUCGGAUGCUGCCAGACCCCUAUCCCCAGUCACCUCGACCAAGUGAACUUUACGGUUUCCUAUGCCUUUUUAAACAAAAGCAUUUGGAAAUUCAGCCCCUGCAGUUAUGCUUUUGUGGUUGCAAAAUCAUUCGAUAUAUCGAAAUUAGACUUCCUUGGUCCCCCGAAAACUUUUCCAUCGCGGCUACCCGUGGUGUUUGAAUGGGUGAUCGGAGAUAACGGGGGCUGCCAAGAUUAUUGCGGCCCUAAUGCUAAAUGCUCUUACGCCGAUACUGUUGGUGGAUUUCGUUGUUUGUGCAAGCCAGGGUUUAUCGGAAAUCCCUAUGGCCCACUAGGAUGUCAAGAUAUUGAUGAGUGCAAUGAACCAAAAAAGUAUCCCUGCCACGGAACUUGCCAGAAUACCAUCGGGUCCUACACUUGCGAAGAAAAAGCACACAAAACAACUUGGCCUAUCAUUUUGGGUAUCAGUCUGGGGUUUGCAUUAGUUUGUUUGGUUAUUGGUGCAUGGUGGUUGUCCAAAAUGUUAAAGAAGAGAAGGGAAAUGAAGCUCCGGAGCCAGUUCUUCAAACAAAAUGGAGGCUUAUUAUUGCAGCAACAAUUGUCUUCAACUGAAGGUAAUGUUGAAAGAACCAAAAUAUUUAGUACCAAGGAGUUGGAAAGGGCAACUGAUAACUUCAAUAGGAAUAGAAUACUUGGUCAGGGAGGUCAAGGCACUGUUUAUAAAGGAAUGUUGGUUGAUGGAAGAAUUGUGGCAGUUAAGAAGUCCAAAGGACUAGAUGAAGAGAAAGUUAAAGAUUUCAUCAAUGAGGUGAUCAUUCUUACACAGAUUAAUCACAGAAAUAUUGUUAAGUUAUUAGGGUGUUGUUUGGAGACUGAAGUUCCUCUACUAGUUUAUGAAUUCAUCCCCAAUGGAACACUUUUCCAAUACAUACAUGGUGAAAAUGAGGACUUCCCAUUAUCUUGGGAAAGACGAGUAACAAUUGCAUUAGAAGUUGCAUCUGCCCUUUCUUACUUGCACUCGGCAGCCUCCAUUCCCAUUUAUCAUCGAGAUGUCAAGUCCUCAAAUAUUUUACUAGAUGAAAAGUACAAGGCAAAAGUUUCAGACUUUGGGGCAUCAAGAUCAAUUGCUAUUGAUCAAACUCAUUUGACCACAAAUGUUCAGGGUACAUUUGGCUUUGGAGUUGUUCUUGUCGAGCUCUUAACUGGAAAAAAACCGGUUUCUUUGGAAAGGACAGAAGGUGGAAGAAAUUUGGCCUCUCAUUUCAUUCUUUCCAUGGAAGAGAAUAACCUCUUUAAUAUUCUUGAUGCUCGAGUUAAGGAUACUUCUGCACAUGAAGAAAUUAUAAAGGUUGCUAAACUUGCAUAUAGAUGCUUAAGCUUGAGUGGUAAAAAGCGGCCAAGGAUGAUAGAAAUUGCUGUGGAGUUGGAACAGAUUCGUUUUUUGCAAAACAAUUCAAAUGGUCAAAAAAAUCAUGAAGAGAUUAGAUAUGUUGAGACUGAAGUAACCAAUCACUGGGAUGUUGCCUCAAGAGCUGCUUUGUCAAUAGACAUGGAACCACCAUUUUCAAGUGAAUCAUCGGGACUGUUAGAAAAGCAAGUGAGCUCAAAUAUCAAGUGAUAUAGAUUCGUGCCUUUUGUAAGUUGCAGCACUGACUUUUUUUUUUUUCGUUUUGUUCUUGUUUCUUUCCUUGUUUUUCCUUGGAUUUGAGUUUACAAGACCCCAAUUUUGUUUUUUUACCGCCUUUAUUGCCUCCACAACAUUAUUGUCCCCAUUGGCAGAGGUAAUUGAGAUCUUUGUGAUUUUUUUAUACAAAAUUAUAUUGUCUUAUUUGUAGAUUAGUGUAGAUUAUUACUAUUAUUGCAUGAAUUAUGAGUAAAUUGUUGUUAUUUUU